AUGGGUCAGCGCUACGCCAAACACCAAAUGCAGUCGGGUGUUCGUCUCUACCAUCAACGCCACUAUCAGCAGGCCAUUUUUCGAUGGAAACGGGCGUUGAACAAGCUCAGGUACGGUGUUGAAACUUUUUUUGAAAUUUUUUAAUUGUUUUUGAUACCAAUUUUUUAUUUUUUAAGCACAAAUUUACUUAAAAAUAAGUAAGAAAUUUGAAUUCUUGUUUUGGCGGGUUUUUUGGCAUUCUGUGUCUAGCUUAAAAUACUGAUUUUAAAACUUAAAAAUGAAAAUAAAACCUGCAGAGCAAAGGGGAAAAUAAAAGUUCUGACUCAUUUCAUAAACCGGCCGUAUUUUACUAUAAAAAUUCAAAAUUUUGUUUUGGCGGGUUUUUUGGCAUUCUCUUUUUAAGCUCAAAUACAAGUCUUAGUUUAUACAUUAUGACAAUUUAAUAUAUUACUGUAUGAAACCUUACUACGUUUUUUACAAUAAAAAUUUAAAUUUUUGAUUUGGCGGUUUUUUUGGCAUCAUGUUUUAAGGUCAAAAUACUCCCUCGGAUUGACUGAAAGUGAUUAAAAACACUAACUUUUAUGUAAAAUUUAUUAUUUUAAAACAUUUUUUUGAUUUCUUAUGGUAUUUGCAAUUAAUCUUGUUUUUAAAAUUUGAAUUUUUGUUUUGGCGGGAUUUCUAAAUCUUUACUUUGACGACCUAAAACUUGGCUGAAUAAAUCAAACACAAGUUUUUUUAUGUAUACAUUAAACUCUCUAACAAUUUAAAAUUUAAAAAAAUGAAAAUAAUUUUUUUUUCAGAAGUGUAGAUGACAAGUUUGUGACGCUAGGCUACAUGGCUCAAGCCUUUUGUGACGCGGGUGACUACGAGAGUAUGCUGUACUACUCACUACAACAAAUGGAAUUGGCUAACAGUCGAAAGGACGAUUUUAUGAAAUCUGAAGCGUUUUUAAAUUUGUCCAAGGCUUACGAAAGAUUGGCAGACUUCAGUAAAGCGAUCGCUUAUGGUAGAGCAAGUCUGGUACAUCCGAGUAUCGAUCCCAGGACGCCUGGAUAUGCUAAUCUGGGUGGGUUACUGUAAAGUUUUUUGAAUAUUUUUGCCAAGAUUGAGUGAAGAACCCACCUCUCAUACCUAUAUAUUUAAAAAAAUUAUUUAAAUAAAAAGAUGCAUUUUUUUAAAAACAUUUAAAAUUUGUUGUUUUUAUAUUAGGGCAUUUACUACUUAAAGUACCAUAAUUCAAAUCCUAAUAUAAAUAUUUGCUUACAAGUCUCAAAAAUUGUUAUAAAGAUAUUGUUUUAGCUGUGGCACUGGCUCAAAUGGGUCUGAGUCAAUUCCAGUCUAGUCUAGAGGCCUUCGAAAAAGCCAUGACCGUAGCCAGUCAAACCGGAGACAAGCUUUUGGAACUACAAGUUUGUGUUGGUCUUGGUGCUCUUUUUACUUUACUUAGGUAUGUUGUAGUACUUUGUUGAUGUUUCAGGCUUAAAGGGUUGGAUAUUGGGGGUGGGGGGAGAAUAAGACAAAGAAUAGUUUUUGGGAGAGGGGAGGUAAAGAAAAGGUAGCUGUACAAAAAAAACGGCAGGGCACAUUGGGGAAGGGAAGAGUAGGGCAGGGCAAAGGUAGGCCAAAGGCAGGACAAUGGCAAGGCAAGGCAACAUAUAUUACAUUAUAGUAUCUUCAAACUAAUACUCCAACUCACUUCAGAGACCUCUCUAAAGCCCUGGUAUUCCUUCGCAACGCCUUAUCACUACUCCAAUUGAUCUCCGUCGACAAUGUGCAUGCCAAGUACAAGAGUGUCAUUCUUUAUCAUUUAUCGGUUGUGUUGAGGAUAAAAGGCUCAUUAAUGGAUGCCAAAGAGGCUUGUGAAGAAGCGUUGAGACUGGCCGAACAAACGGGUGGACGCUCUGUUUAUGCCAGAGCUUUAUACAGUUUGGCCGAUAUUAACCGAGAGUUGGGGGAAUCUGAAGCUAGAGAGACUAUCACGGUGAGAUUUUCAUUUUUUAAAUAAUAUUUGGUUUUUAGGCUUGCUGGGGAUAUAAAUGUUGAUUUUUGUAAAAUUUUAGAUAUGUUAGGCUUGUUGACGUUUAAAAUUUUAGAAAAGCUGGGCCAGAUACGAACAAGCCUUUCGUAUUAUGAGGCAAAUGAACGAUCGGAUGGGUGAAGUGUUGGUACUCGGAAGUAUGGCCAAAAGCGCUUCAGAAUCUCGAAGUCAUUAUACGGGUCAAUGUGAAUGUCAGGCCAUCCAGCUGAACCACAAAUGUUUAGAAUUGGCCAAACUUAUUGGGUGCAAGGUGAGUUGAUGACAGAUAUUAUAGUAGUUUUAGUCAGAAAAGGGUGUACUGAAUAGUGUCUUGUUUAAAAAAGCAUUAAAGUAUGACAUUUUGACUAUAAGGGUUUACUUUUUUAUUUUUUUUUGUAAAAAAAAGCUAUGUUAAAAUAAAUCUUGUCGUUUUUUAACAUUAAAAUGCAUGGAAAUUGACGACAAGACUUUUUUUGUCAUUUAUGAAGGAAAAUUUGAUGACAUGAGUCUAUAAAGUGUAGUGUAGGUAACUGCAAAGAAAAAAAUGUGUGUUUACUACAACGUGAAUUACCUAUAUAUCUGAAAGUUACCUAUACAUAUAAUACUCAAUUACAGCACGCGAUGAUGAAAUGUCAUCAACGUCUCCAAGACCUCUACAAUCAGUUAUCUGAUGAAGAAAGUGAGGAAGUGGCAAAACGAACAGCUACAGUACUAAUACAGGAAAUGGAACUGUUUUGCAACUUUUGUGGACAACGCUACGGCGCCAACGAUGAGUCGCUACAGGCGCUACGGUGCUCACAUAUAUUUCAUGAACGGUAGGAUAUUUAGUUAGACUUUCUGUAAUGCUUUAUUUUAAAAAAUACUGAUAGGGGUAGGAUAAGUCAUGAUAGGGUUAAUUCACAUGGUAGAGCCAAGUUAAGGUAGGGGUAGGAAAUGUGAAUGUAUUUUAGGGCUAAGGGGUAGGGUAGCGUAGGAAAGGGAUGGUAGUGUAGGGUAGAGUACAGUAGGAUACAACAGAUUAUGGUAGUGUAGAGUAGGCCAGGCCAUUCCACGUCUUAUAUUAGAAGCAGUCAACAAACAACGGCACAAUAUGAUUAUCUUUUCAGCUGCCUCAGCCAAUUCCUAGCCUCCGACCAAUCCCAAAACUGUCCAAAGUGUCAAUGUCGAGCUGUUCUCAUGGAUAACAUGUCUCUAAAGACUUCAUCAGAUUCCGAAAAAGCCGAAGAAACACAAGAUCCAGAACAACCAACCACUUCAAUUCAAAAACAACCAAAAAGAAUCUCGAUUAUUCUGCCAAAACCUUCGAAUGACUCGAAUCGACCAGUAAUUCUGGUCGAUCCACCUUCUCGAGAUGAUAGUGACAAGUCGGAAGGUCAUGUUGUUAACACGGUGAAGCAUCUGAAUAACUGUUCCAAGCCCAAUUGUCAUACGAAUUCAUUUCCUGUGGUAUCUGAAGAAGUGUUUCAACCGUUUAGUCAGAUGGACUUUGAGAGUAUUGAGGCUAUGGCAAAUUAUAAGGGGCCGGGGGUUACGGAUGUCUAA